AUGCGGCCUCUGGUCCUGCUGUGGGGCUGCCUGGUGCUCCCAGGUUAUGAAGCCCUGCAGGGCCCGAAGGAGAUCAGCGGGUUUGAAGGUGACACAGUGUCCCUGCAGUGUACCUACCGGGAAGAGCUGAGGAACCACAAGAAGUACUGGUGCCAGCAGGUCGGGUUCCUACUCCUCCGCUGCUCUGGCAUCAUCUACACGGGAGAAGGCGGCCAGGAGACAACGCAGGGCAGGGUGUCCAUCCGAGACAGCCCCCAAGAGCUAGUCUUCACCGUGACCCUGCGGAACCUCACCCUGCAGGACGCCGGGAAGUACCGGUGUGGGGUAAAAAAACUGGUCUUCGAUGAGACUUUCCUGGUGUCUCUGUUAGUCUUUCCAGGGCCCUGCUGUUCUCCCUCCCCCACUCCCUCCUUCCAGCCUCUUGCUACAAGGAGCCCGCAGCCCAAGGCAAAAGCUUGGCAAACGCAGCCCCCAGAACUGACUUCUCCUGGUCUCUACCAGACAGUCGCCACAGCCAAGCAGGGGAAGACAGGGGCUGAGGCCUCUCCGUUCACAGGGACCUCCCCGUAUGGGCACGCAGGAACUUCCCUGUACACAGGAACCUUUCUGCAUGCAGGAACCUCUCCUCACGCGGGAAGCUCCCACCCAACCAUGCAGCUGGACUCCACCCUCACAAUGGACACCAGGUCUGUUCUCAGCAGCGGCAGCUCCAAGCCCAGGGUGUCCAUCCCGCUGGUCCGCAUGUUGGCCCCAGUCCUGGUGCUGUUGGGCCUUUUGCUGGCCGCGGGUCUGAUCGCCCUGGGCAGCCGCAUGCUCCUCCGGAGAAAACAAGCUCAACUGGCCUCCGAGACACAGAGGAAUGAGAAGCUCUACCUCUCAUGCUUGACUACAGAGGAAGAGGAACUCCCUUCCCAGGACCCCGAGGGGGACAUGAUCCUGGUGCCCCCCUUCCACAUGACUGAGGAGGAGCUGGGUUUCUCCAAGUUCAUCUCCGUGUAGCUGCAGAUGGCCCUCCUGGCCAGGCGGCUGUGAAGCCGAAUGGCGGGUUCUGCACUGGGUCCCACAAGCUUUCAGCCUUCCUCCCCACCCUCCCCCGGCUGCCCUCCUGCAUGCCCCAGCCUGACCUAGAAGCGUUCGUCAGCCAUGGAGCCCAGAGUGGUGGCCCCACAGUUCCAGCUGGAGACUGGGACUUCCCCAUGUGUCCACCCCUGAGCAGGGCACACAGCCGCUGGACCCUCACGGCGCCGGGCAAGGCUCAGCAGGUCUGGUCCAAGGACCAAGCUCCUGCUCCAGGAGACCCCUGGGGCCUGAGUGCCAACAUCAGCCCCACCAUCCUCCCUUCUCCUCCCUUCCUGGCACCUGACUCGGCACCACGUUCCUGCACCAGCUGGGGAUGAGCGGGGAACGUGCAGGAGUUCGACCAGAUUCUGGCUUCUCAAAGCGUGGCUGUGAACCGCCUGCAUCCCAGCCCUCAGGGAGCUGUUGAAAAUGUAAUUCCUGACCCACCAAAGCCAUCUCUGAGGCUGGGCCCAGGACUCUGCAUUUCUGAAAAGUACCCCAGCAAUUCUCACAUUCAAGUUUGAAGACCAGCCAGCCUGAUGAAUGCUCAGACCCCUGCAGCUUAGAGUCUACAUGAGUAGGUGUGUGGGGUCCCCCGCUUGCCCUGUAUAUGAUCUGCUCUGUCCACAGCACCGUGACCCAGCUGGGGGCUUCCCUGGGUUCCCCCCUGAGUCUGGGCCCAGCACAUUGGAAGAGAGUGGCUGCCUUUCCAUUUGCCUUCCCCAGCCGUGCAUUCCUGCCUUUGCAAAAAUGGUGGAGGAAACCUCGGCUCCUUCCUUGUCUGGGAAGGGUCACUGCCUGUGGGUUCUGGUGGCUGCGAAGAGGAGCAGGAAACCAGAGUGCGGUUGAGGGUCUAAAAAGGAGGAAGGAGGGGACAAGGCAGGAACCUGAAGGUGACCCUGAGUCUAGCCCCCGAGAGAAGGGGUGGGAGGUGGGGGUAGCAUAACAGAACUACUGGUUUUUUUCCUUUUUCUAGUUUCUUUAAAAAGUGAAAUAGGGGUUGCUCAGUAUGCGAAACUUAGAAAGAUGGGGAGAAAAAAAAAGGAAGGAAAAAAAGUCUCAGUAUGCAAAACUUAGAAAGAUGGGAAGAAAAAACAAGAAGGAAGGGAGAAAAGUCUCAGUAUGCAAAACUUAGAUGGGAAGAAUAAAAAGAAGGAAGAAAAAAAAGUCACCCGUAGUCUCACCCCUCCCAAGGAACAAUCAUUAUUUCAUCUCGUUGUAUUUCCUUCCACUCUUCUUUUCUCCAUAUAAUUUGCUGGUGUUCUUUUUACAGAGUAAUUAUCUUGUAUGUUCAGUUUUGCAUCUUGCUUUUCCCACUUAAUUAUUCCAUCAUAAGCAUUUUCUCUGUGUUUUACAAACCUUUUAUAAAUAAAAUGUUC